AUGUCCCUAGUGGCAGACCAAGUCCGACGGUUGGACGCGCAGCUAGAUCGUGUUCCUCUCAGCCACUUAACAAGCUAUGACGCCACCCGAGCUGCCAUAAAUUUGGAUAGUCCUCGCGUCAAAGACUUGUUGAAAAUCAUCAAAUCAUUAUCGGCAGGCUCUGGAUCGCAAAGUGUUCUCCCCGCACGGCAGGUCCAGUCUCUCCUAUCUCAAUCCAGCUUAUUAUCAGAACAUGGUGAGGAGAUAUCAACAACCCAAUAUGAGGCAGAGCUCGAAUGGAUAUUGGUCAGCAAGGCCACUGUUCAAACGUACGGUAUCAUUUUAGAUACACUGCUAGAUCAAAUUAUCCCAUUGAGUGACCAUAUCUGGUAUUGGGACGAUAUAGUAUCAUCCCCGACAUACAGCAGUUUCUACUUGGUGCAAACUUCUCCUAUCCGUCUUUGGGCUUGGUCUAGGGACAUCUAUCACGACAGCAAGAUCAGAUUCCAGCAAUUCGCUAGUGGCGAUGCUUCAAUUAGGGAGUUCGAAGCUGGAUCACACGCAGAAGCUAUCCAUGAUAGCAUUACCCAGCGAUGGAGACAAUUCUACGGCAUCGUGAGAGAGACCAUACGAGAGAAGUCGCUUCUCAACAUACAACGAACGAUUAUGUCACCCGUUGCUCUUUGUCGUUCCGAGGCCCGCAACAAACAAGUUAAGUUGAAGAGGCUUAGAGAAAUGACAUCCAGUGGUCUAGGUGUUUUAAUCGACGAAGGUCUUGUGUUCAAUAGCAACGGAAGUGAUGACGGAAAGAGCGAUAUGAUCCUCUCGGCAAAUCAAGAGUGGAAAGGAGUUGUGGAACGAAGUGUAGCUUUAAUGGACAUGGUACUCAAGGAUGUCUUAACGCUGAACGUUGGGGUUGCCGACUUUGAAGAUAGGGUCUUUGCUGGUGUUGAAGAAGAUCCGGAGUUGUCAAUCCAAGCCGAGGAGGACGGAAUUACUCGUCCCGCCAUAGUAGCCAAAAGGAUCCAAGACUUGUUGGAGACCCAUUUACCGGGACACCUCUCUGCAGCAGAAAAACUAGUGGCAGAGAACGGACGACCAUCGAGACUUGUGAGGUAUUGGCUGCCUGCCACAGUACUUCUCUUCUCUUCGACAACGAUCCUUCGAAUACUUGUCAACAAGAACCAAGAGAUCAUACAUUGGAUUAGAGAUCUCGGGGUUACUGUGCGAGACUUUUGGUUCAACUGGAUUAUUGACCCUAUUCGUAAGGUUAUUGGUACUAUUCGUCACGACGCGAAUAGCGAAAUUGCUAUUAUGAGCCGUGAUAGCCUUCAGGCGGACAAGGAAAGCUUAGAGCGUAUGGUAGUCGACUUCGCUCUUGACAAACCAAGUGCCGCAACCGGUGCGUCAUCGUUGUCGGAAUCGCAAGUUGCUGAGAUCAGAGCCAAGGUUCGAGAGGGAGAUGUGACUCCGAUUCUUCGCGCGUACGAAAAAGACCUGCGCAGCCCUCUCAAGGGCACCGUCCGAGGCGACCUGGUCCGAACUUUACUUAUCCAAGUGCAGAAGACGAAAGUCGACAUUGAAGUUGCCUUAAGCGGUAUUGAUGCUCUCCUGAAGAGUCAGGAACUUGUUUUUGGCUUCGUGGGACUCACUCCCGGUAUUCUUGUGUCCGUCGGAGUGAUGCAGUACCUCCGUGGGGUUCUAGGAAGCAAACGUGGAUUCCGUGAGACCCGAAAAGCUGGCAAGUGCGUCCGGGUCCUUCGCAACAUUGACCGCAUCUUAUCCGAAGCAACACCUACACCAAACAACCUGUUGUCAUACAAGGAUCAUGGUCUCCUUGUAUGCGAGGUGCAUGUCCUACGACGCCUCGCACAAAACCUCAUUCCGGCCGACAUUGAGAAGGAUUUCCUGGAAGACUUGGAUGACCUUGCUAAUCUCAAAGGCAUCCAGUCACAAUUGCGGGCCUUGGAUAGGAUACGUUGGGCGUAUUCUAACGAAGAUUCGUUCACGCCGUCAUUCAUCACGACCAUCGGCAUCGAUUUCAAGAUCCGUACGAUCGAGCUAGAUGGCAAGCGCGUCAAGUUGCAGAUUUGGGAUACAGCUGGUCAGGAGCGAUUCCGUACCAUCACGACGGCCUAUUAUCGCGGCGCGAUGGGCAUCCUCUUGGUUUACGACGUUACAGAUCAAAGAUCUUUCGAGAAUAUCCGGACAUGGUUUGCCAACGUAGAGCAGCACGCCACCGAAGGCGUCAACAAGAUCCUCAUCGGCAACAAGUGUGAUUGGGAGGAAAAGCGUGUCAUCUCUACAGAACAGGGCGAGGCGUUAGCUAAGGAGCUGGGCAUCCCCUUCCUCGAGGUCUCCGCCAAGAGCAACAUUAACAUCGACGAGGCCUUCUACAGCCUCGCUGCUGACAUUAAGAAGCGCAUCAUAGUCACCUCCAAGACGGACGCUCCAUCGUCAGGCGGCGUUAACGUCGCUCAGGGAGAGGGCAACGGCGGUCUAGGGAAAUGCUGCUAA